GUAAAGGUUGCAAGUUGCAGCCCACGAUGGCCCCGUCAACGUCGUCGUCGUCGUCGUCGUCAGCGACGACUUCGGUUCAAGUCGCGUUGCGGAUACGACCCCCGACAACGCAGGACAGUACCUCAAUUCCAGCUCGUUUUCAGAGGACCGUUAUACACUCGACUUCUUCAACAUCUGUGUCGAUAGAAACUUCAUCCUCUACCCCUCAGGCCUCUGGUGCAGCCGCCGCUUCAUCCUCUGCGACUGGUUCAGCACCCAAGAAGCAACAUUUUACCUUUGACCAGGUCCACGACCCUUCAGCUACACAACAUGCCCUCUUUACUUCCACAGCUCAGCCUCUCAUUUCUCGUUUUCUCGAAGGUUUCAAUUGCACCAUCCUUGCCUAUGGACAGACGUCCAGCGGUAAAACAUUCACCAUGACUGGUAUCGACCUCGACGCUAACCCCUCUGAUCCCAACAAUGGCAUGGGCAUUAUUCCUCGAGCAGUCUCUACAAUAUUUUCUCAAGCUCGCCAGCUCAAAGAAGAACGCGCGGGUUCCUGGACCUACUCGUUGAAAGGUUCUUUCAUUGAGAUUUACAAUGAAGACCUCAUUGAUCUGCUUAGUAUGGAUGACGGUGCUGGUGGUCGUCGAGAGGUGCAGAUCAGAGAGGAUAAAGAUGGUCACAUUAUUUGGGGUGGCCUGCGUGAAGUCAACGUGAAGAAUUCCAACGAAGUCAUGACCCUCAUUCGUAAAGGGACCUCCAUCCGACGCACAAACGAGACGGAUAUGAAUGCCCAAUCCUCCCGGUCUCAUGCUAUUUUCUCCCUCACUCUGACCCAGAAGAAAUAUACUGGCUCAGGGGCACCUCCCCGGUCAUCAUCCCCUUUACCUCCGGGUCGUUCACCAUCUCGUCUUGCUCGUCCUGGAUCUGUAUAUGCUGGAACGAUGUCCUCAUCGAAUGGAACAAGUCGAGUUAGCUCGCCAACUUUCGGCCGUCCCGCCACCCCCAGUUUCGCUGCAGCCAUGGGCCGAGGUGGCGGGCUACGCCCUUCGAGUGCUCUAGGUAAUCACGGGGACAGGCCCAAUAGUCACGACGACGACGCUGGCGAAUGGGUGACCAUUACCUCUAAAUUCCACUUUGUCGAUUUAGCCGGAUCCGAGCGGCUAAAACGAACAGCCGCCGCCGGAGAACGCAUAAAGGAAGGGAUCUCCAUCAACAGCGGUCUCCUAGCACUUGGAAACGUCAUUUCUGCUCUCGGAGACCCAUCUCGCGCCAAGUCACACACAGCGACCCACGUACCUUACCGUGAUUCCAAACUGACGCGUCUAUUGCAAGACUCUCUCGGGGGCAACGCACACACCCUCAUGAUCGCAUGCGUUAGUCCAGCAGAAUGGAACGCUGCUGAGACGGUAAACACCCUGAAGUAUGCCAACAGGGCGCGGAACAUCAAGAAUCGAGCGGUCGUAAACGAAAGAGAAGAAGGAUGGGACGAUGUAGAGUGGUUGCAGGGUACUAUCCUUCGGUUGAGGAAGGAGCUAAAAGCUUUGAAAAGCGGAGGCAGCGUCAGCACUCUUGCGGAUAUUCAAAAGGAAGAGGUCGUGCUCGAGGGUGCUGGAAAGAAAGUUCUCGCUCAGAUGACGGAGUUGCAAAAUAAUUAUGAAGACUUGCGGGAAAAGUUUGUAGAGAGGACCGAGGAGUUGACAAGGUUACGGCGGGAUGUUGGAGAACGACAUAGGAGCGGAAGCACGGGUGCGGUUUCUGGUACUGGAAAGUAUGAAGAAAUAGUCGGGCCGGUGAUUGAAGAGUACGAAAAGACCAUCAGUGCGAUGGAGGCAGAAUUGAGCUUAAACAGGGCUGCAUUGAGGCACACAAAUGAGAUGGUCGAAGAGAAGGAAGAGGAAUUGGCACUGGUUGUGGAGAGGCACGCAGCAACGGAACUGUAUGUGGAGGAACUGCGAAGCAGGGUUGGGAAGCUGAUAGAGAGAGAGGCAUCCACUGAGGCAUAUGUUCAUGAUUUGGAAGAGAAAAUGCGUUCUUACGACGAAUCGUCCAUCACCUCCUCUUCUUCGUUAACGGAUUUGAGGCGCGAGUUGACGCGAUUCAAAGAUACCGAAUCGCAUCAAUCACAGUACAUUGCUGAACUUGAAGCUCGCCUAGCGAAAUCUGACGAGUCUGUCAUCGUCCUACAGCAGAGCGUUGAUAGGCUUGAGCGCGAAGCCGAUCGUCGUCAAGAGGAAGUCAACGCGCUCCAGCGACGUUUGGAUGCUCUGACUAGUGAUGGGGAGGCAUGGCGAAGUGAUUUGGAGGAGAGAGAGCGGAAAGUAAAGGAGUUGGAGGUCAAGAUGAAUGAGUGGGAAAGGAAGAGAAGAGAAGCCAGCGAUACUCGCAUCCGCUUGGGCAGUGUCGUCGGCAGUGUGGAGGAAGCUAGACGAAGCUUACAACAGCUUUCGAAAGUGGACGAUGAUGAAGACUCAUCUACUCCACCGCCCAUCAGUCCCAUCGAGCCCACCGGUGCUCCCGAUAUCAAGUCUGAUUCUGUCCCUGGCUUGAUAGAAACUCCACAGCCUCCAGUCAUAAGCACUUCCUCUGACUCUCAACCUACCUCCCGUGCUACAUCUCCAUCUUCAUCUCGACCUAGGUCGCCUGUACAAUCUUCACAGAUCGAGAAACAAUUUCUUGCGCUCCAGCAAACCCACCAAGCGACACUGGCCGACCUGUCUUCUGUCACAAGCAAAUAUCGCGACGCACUACGCGAGAUAUCUGACCUCGCUGCUCAAAUACAGGAGGCCAAGCUUGGUAGCAUAAACGGGAAUUCAGAUGGUAUGAGCGAGGCGACAACCGAUUCCGAGUCUCCCAAUCCGCCUUUCAACACACUGAGUCCCAGCUCAAGCCCCGUCAAGCAUGCGGAUAGGAACAGUAUCAGAAGCAGAAGGAUGGUCAGCAAUGGCAGGUUGAGAGAAGGAAGCGAAGCAGGAUCCAUUGGCACAAACGGAGGAAGACGACUUUUUUUCAAGCAGGCGGCCUCAACAGAAUCGCUCCACUCGAGGUCGCUAUCGCAAUCGCAAUCGCUUUCACAGGAGCUCUCCUCGGUUCGCUCGCGCAAGGCGUCCUCCUCAAGUCAUGGAACCACUAGUUCGCAUUCGUCUUCCCACUCAUAUUCCUCGUUAAUCAAUGGUGGGGACCGAUCGGCAUCACGACCCAAUUUAUCUAUCUCUCUACCGAUUAACGGUUCUCCCACUGUGCCGUCGCAUCUUGAACGCUCGACAGCAAGUCUCGAGAAGGAAAUCAUGAGAUUGCAAGAAGUUCUGAAGGAGCGGGAAGCUGAAAUUACGUCUCUGGAGCAAUCACUAAGACAGAGCGAGUCCACAAAACUCGCCGUCACAACUGCUGGCUCAGUUUCUGCUCCUUCAACGACCUCAGCCGCCACGCCGACUGAGACGAACGCCACUACGCCCGAUACUGAGCAACCUCCAGAUGUCGAGGAGGUCGAUGGACAAGCGAUACCAGAGGCACACUUGUCUCCUAAGACCAUGCAUCAAUUUGACAAUAUCCGGAAGAGUAUACAAUUGAAUUUCAAUGGACAUAACGGCAUUGUUAGAGAGGAUGAUACAAGCUCCGAUGCCAAUCCAGACGAGAACUUGGAUCGUUUGAAUGAAUUGAUGCUCUCCAUGGCACAGAAAGAAAGCCAACAUCGGGAAGUUGUAGAUGAUCUGAAAGGGGAGCUCAGUCAGGUCAGACGGCAGCUUGAUGAGUUAACUACUUUGUCGCGAGAUCAGGCUCUUAACAUGUCGACCGAAGUGGAAGCUCUUAAGGAAAAGCACACCAACGAUUUAGCGAUUCUUGAGGCCAUGCAGAAACGCGAAACCGAGCUGAUCAAUGCCCUCGCCAAAUCUGAAGCUGACCACACCACCGCUCUUGCUGAGAUACAAACUCGUCACGAAGAAGUUUUACGUGAGAAGGAGGCUGAGGUGGAUCGUGUACUCACUUCCAUGAAAGAAGAACACGACGUCGCUCUCACUGCCCUGCACGGGGAACUCUCAACGGCAUCGUCUGCUCUACAGAAGGCCUUGGAGGAGCACGAAGCCGCGUUCGGCAAGCUCAAGGUCGAACACGCGGUAGAGCUCGAGUCUCGAUUGAAGGAGGCAAAUGAAAUUUUAGAGAGAGCGAACGAAGAGCACGAAAAUGCUAUGCUCAAGUCCGCCAAUGAGCAUGCGGAAGUUUUGAAGAAAAGGGAGGAGGAAAUCACUGUCUCUCUGCAUAAGACUGAGGAAGAGUACUAUAAUGCCUUGACCAAGCUUAGGAGUGACCAUACUCAAAGUUUGGAGAAACAGGCAGCGGAGCAUGUCGAGAUCUUGGAACAACUGAGGGCACAACAUGCUUCGGAGUUGCAAGCCAUCGAGACUGCUAAGGCGGGUUCCCUCUCUGAAUCUCAGUCGCAGCAAUUUGCGGCUCUCGAGGGCCUUCGAGCUCAGCAUGCAGAUGCGCUGACUCGGGCAGAGAGCAGGUACAAAGAAGACAUAAAUAACCUCAAGGCGGAACACUCGCGGGCGUUGACUGCCAAGCAAGACCAGGAUACCACCGAACUGGAGAAGCUGCGCGCCGAACAGGAAGCCAUCAUAACCAGGUUGAAGGAGAAUUGGGAGACUGAAACUGCACAGCUCAACAGAGCUCUGGAUGCACUUAAAAAUGAAUCCUCCGACGCUUCGGUCAAGGUUCGGGCAGAGCUCGAAGAAAGCCUCAGAUUCCAGAAGGAACAACAAUCGAUUAUGCUCCAGGACAUCGAACGCGGCCAUCAGGAGGAACUCGCAGCAUUGAGGGAAAGCCACGAAACCGAGCUCACGCGGUCGGUUACCCAAAGCGAAGAGCAAUUUUCCGCUCACGUUCGUUCACAAACGGAGGAGUUUGACAAGCUCAAAACCCAACAUCAGGCGGAGAUUUCUGCUUUCAGCGCACGCCUUGCAACAAUACAGGAACAACACCAAGCCGAGUUGGAGGAGCUCAAGGUUGUCGGGGAGCGGAAGAUUGCAGAAGAAAAGGCACGGUUUUCAGAGACUUUGAACGAGAUGAAGCUUGGUCAUGCCAAAGAGCUCGAUGCACUGCGUCAAGAUCAUGAAAUACUCUUGGAGGAGCUUGAGUCAUACAAAGCUGCCGCUGAUGAAUUUGCCUUGCAACGACAACAAUCUCUAGAGACACAUGAACGAUCUCUUGCAGAGAAGGACGGUAUCGCUAUGGAUAUUAAGAACAAGUUCCUCCAAUCUCAAGCUGAACGUGACGAGCUAGCUGGAGAGGUUGCUGACCUACGCGCAGAAUUGGAAAGAACCCGCAAUGAGCAGUCAAAACUUGUACAGGAGGCUUCCAAACGGGAAUCUUUGGUGGAGGAUCUUGAGCGGCAUCGGUCUGUCCUAGCGGAGAUGCAAGAAAACCUGCAAAAGGUCAAAGACGAAAAAGAUACCCUACAGACAGAGAAGAACCGGUUCGACACCCUCGUUCGAGAACUACAGGCUCAGAUCGCCCGUAGUGCAUCCCCUCCUAACGGCAGACCCGCCAACGAGCGUAAUAUGUCUUAUCGUGUCACUGGUAUUCAAGGCGUAAAACUUCCUCCUCCUACUCCCCCACCAUCCGUACCACCGCCACCAGCUCCUCGCAUGACACAGCAUGAUGUUGGACACAACAUCUCCUCACAAACAUCCUCAGCAUUAUCCUCUUCCUCUCGCGAUUCACAAAUGCAGGCUGAGUCUCCGGCCACUUCUAUUGGUCCAGGAUCAUUGCUUGCUGCUUCUACAUCUGAUAAGCAGGUUAUUGCCAAGGUCGAACAACAGGCGAAGCAACUCGAAGAACAAGAGGCGAUGAUUAAGACACUAAACAAGCAACUUACGCAUUGUGAAAGCGAUCUCCAAACACACAUGGAUUUAGUCAGUACAUUAGAGACGUCUCUAGGUGAUUCGGAAAAGAAUCUCCGCAAGGCUCGUAUGCACGCGACGGAGCUUGCCAGGGAACGCGAUCGCCUAAAUAACGAGAUCGAAACGCUUCGCCGAGACCUCACGGAGACCAAACGUGAAGUUGUUACUGUCCGACAAUCCAUUGUCGAGGAGAAACAGUCUUACGAGCAGCGACUGGAUGAAGAGCGUAAAGCCAAGGAAAGAGCACGACAACAGCUCGAUCUUCGAAUGGAAGAGUUAACGCUUAAGCGAAAAUCCAAAUUUGCCUGUCUCUAAUAUCUAAAUCUCCAGUGCAAUACUCCACACCGCGCUGCCUUACAUUCGUUUUCUUUCUGUACAUGUCCAUCCAUCUCUCGCACUCUUUUUUUUUUUUCUUUUGCUCUCCGGUUUUGAUUUAUAUCCAAUCCGCCGUAUCCCGAUUAAUGUGAUACCCGCGAAGUUCAGCAAUUGUUUACCAUAGCUUCGACGACAGUUCCUUUUCCUUGCUCUUUUCCUUAUGAUUUCUUCCUUUUAACUCAUAUGUAUGGUAUUAAUUUUUAUGUCAGUAGUCUAUCCUUUAUAUCCCAAAGGCCAAUGAAAUCGCCUGUAUCUCCUG